AUGGAGAACCUUCCGCCCUCUACGUUUGCGCCGGGCGCUUCCCAAUAUAAUGUCGCUCCGGAAUCUUCGUUCCAGGACUCGUCAGCUGUUGACAACAGCCAUCUGAUGGACGACGCGGUCGCUGGAGGCAGCAACUACGUUCCCCGACCCAAGCGCAUCGCCUGCGUGGUUUGCCGCCGGAGGAAGCUCAGAUGCGAUGGGAAACGGCCAAGCUGUGGAACGUGCUCGCGCUUGGGUCAUGACUGCGCCUACGAUGAAGUGCGCAAGAAAAGUGGUCCGAAGCGGGGAUACGUGAAGCAGCUGGAAGCGCGCUUGGCUCAAGUCGAAACCCUCCUUAAAGGCCAGGAGACUGAUCCCGCGCCGCGAACCUCUCCACCUCAACCGCUCGAAACUUCUUUCUCAGCGCCUAUCAACGAUGACUCGAUACUUGGCCUGCCGGACAUCUCGAACCUUGGAAAUGAUAUCGGUAGCCAGAUGCCUCCGUCUACAACGGGCCUUGGGUCAUCGAAUCCGACGAUGUUCGCAGGACCAACGAUUCCACCCAACGAUCCGUCCUGGGACUUGAUCAGCUUGGGGCUGGAGGAGCCUCUUCCUACUCAGGAUGUCAUUGACGAACUGGACAACCUGUUCUUUGAAAAAAUCUACCCGAUAAUGCCCAUCAUCCAUCGCCCUCGAUACUAUGCCAGCCUGAACCUCGCCCCUCACAUGCGUCCACCUAUCUGUCUGCGGUAUAUCAUGUGGUGUCAUGCGGCAUCGGUGAGCGACAAAUAUUACUUUUUGCAUCAUCACUUUUAUCAACGCGCUCGCAAGUAUGCGGAGAUGGAUGAGAUGAAGGGCUUUGGAGAGAAUAUCAUCAGCUUGGCGCAUUGCCAAAUGUGGAUUCUCACGGGCUCUUACGAAUUUCGAAUGAUCUACUUCCCCCGCGCAUGGCUGAGUGUUGGUAAAGCGACUCGAUUGGCACUGAUGAUGGGUCUUAAUCGCCUGGACGGCAAUGGACUUGAUGUCAAGCAGUCUAUCCUUCCACCCAAAGAUUGGACCGAGCGUGAGGAACGUAGGAGAACAUUUUGGAUGGCCUUCUGCACCGACCGGUACGCCAGUAUUGGAACUGGCUGGCCCAUGGUCAUCGAUGAAAACGAUAUCAUGACGAACCUCCCAGCCUCCGAAGAGUCUUUCCUGAAGAGCAAGCCGCAGCGUACACUUCGACUGUCUGAUAUCAUUGCCGGUGAAGGUGUAUCAACGCUGGCUCCAUUUGCCUGUGUCUGUGUUUUGGCCAAUCUGUUUGGCCGAAAUCUCAAUCACAUUCACCGACCCCAACCGCAAGAUAAUGAUCAUGACCUCAAUGGCGAGUUUUGGAAGCGCCACCGCAGUCAUGAUAAUAUCCUGCUCCACAUUGCACUUUCCUUGCCUGAGCAUCUUCGACUCCCAAGCGGUAUGGAUGAUGUCAAUGUCAUCUUUGCCAACAUGAAUAUCCACACAUCCACUAUCUGUCUUCAUCAAGCGGCAAUAUUCAAGGCCGAGAAGAAUAAGAUGCCAAGCCAGAUCGUCACCGAGAGCAAACGGAGGUGCCUUGUGGCAGCGAAUCAGAUCUCGAGUAUUAUGAAAAUGAUCAGCCACAUAGAUCUAACAAUCUUGAAUCCUUUCAUGUCUUUCUGCCUCUACAUCUCAGCGCGAGUCUUCGUGCAGUACCUUAAAUCUCGCCCCGAUGACUCUACAGUUUACUCCUCUCUGCAAUUCGUCGUUUCGGCUCUCAACGCGAUGAAAUCCAAAAACCCAUUGACAGAGUCCUUCCUUGUUCAACUCGAUGUUGAUCUUGAAGGAACAGGAAUUCGGGCUGUGGAUAACACGAAGGCUAGUUCCGGUCUCAGCCAUGUUGCUAAAGCGCUGCAGUCUUAUUGUGCCGACAAUACCGAUUGCACUCCUAUAUACGUUGUUGGCCAGUCACAAGGUAGUGCCGCUCCAACCGAAUCCCCGCAGGAUAGUUCGAAGUCGAGAACCUCUGCCCGCUCGUUCUUGCCCGGCAUGACCACCUCCCUCCCCAGUCGGCAUAGGGACUCACCAAUUGUCGACUCUGAACGAGGGCCGCUGGGUAGUGAAUCGCAACAAUUCUUCCCCCACCAUAUGCGAACGAACGGAAUUGUUGAGGUAGCCGGCCAAGGAGUGGUUGAUGGGGACAUGGACUUUUCGCCCGAUUUUGGCCUGGGCGAAAGAAAUCCGCCUUCGGACCACCCCACACCAUCAACUUUGAACUCAUCCUCUAAUACAUCCUAUUCCAUGUCUGGAAUUGACAACCCGUCACCCGGUAAAAAGCAACCGAAUACUACCUCCACCUAUCCAUCCUCAAGCUCCGCUACAUCCGUCGAUAAAACCCAGUCCGCCCAGAUCUCUCCUGUUACCACAGAGUCUUCUCGGAUCAUUGAUAUGAACAAUAUUGCUGGUCAGGUGUACCCGGCUAGCUCCACUGGGCCGAUGGGAGCUGCGGGGGCUGCCAGCAUGUUUAAUAUGGCCAGUCGCUGGGACAUGCCUACCCCAGGUCAGGAUCUGAGUAAUCUUGACUUUGAGAACGUCAACGUGGAGGCAUUCAGUGAUGCUCAGUGGGCUCAAAUUUUGAACACUGAGAAUGGCCCCGGCUGGGAGAAUUGGCGGCCCUCGUGA